AUGGAAACCCUAUUGAAAGCAAUCAAGGAAGCACGAGAUUGGUCUUUAGCUCAACUCCCCCACCAAAACCCCCAAACCGGUAACACUAGUAUCGCCCUGGAUCCGACCAUCGACCCACCUCAAGUGCGCAUGUAUACUGAUGCAGCCUGGAACCCUUUGUCGAAAUGCGCUGGACUCGGUUGGAUCAUCGACGAUUCUGGAACUACCACAACAUAUUCAGCGACCUCCCCCUUUGUGGCGUCGCCCCUGAUUGCGGAAACUUUGGCUCUUCGAGCAGCCAUGAUCUCUGCUAACACUCUUGGAAUUACCGCUCUCUGCAUCUACUCUGAUUCUUUAACCCUCAUCAAGUUGGUGAAGAAGAAAGGAAGAAACCUAGAGAUCGCUGGAAUUCUCAACGACAUUUAUCUCCUCUGUUUUAAAUUUAAUGCUAUUCAGUUUAAGCACAUCCCUAGAGCUGAUAAUAAUAGAGCUGACUCUAUUGCCAAACAGGCUCUAGGAUUAAUGUAUGAACCUUAA